AUAAAAACUGACGCGUACACACGUGUUUCUAGACACAUUUUCUGUAAGAGUCGUUGCGGCUUAAAGUUUCGCCAAUCUUCUCUCCGAAAAAACCUUUAAAAUUAGAACUUACCUGCCAAAAUGCCUGACAUCGAAGAAGUUCAGCAAAUGGAAGAGGACAAUGAAACGGAGACCUUCGCUUUCCAAGCGGAGAUCGCACAGCUGAUGAGUUUGAUCAUCAACACGUUCUACUCGAACAAAGAAAUUUUUCUUCGAGAAAUCAUCUCCAACGCUUCUGAUGUGAGUAGACCUGUACUAAUUUCCUCUCAUUGUUAAGCACUGCUGCUAUCGCACUGUCUCAGACUUAUUUCGAAUCUCGAAUAUCUAGGAACAAAUUUUGUACCGCGCGUAUGGACUCUUGGGCCCUACCUUGUCAGCAACAAAUUUGAAGAAAAAUUCGGCAGCUGCCUUUUUUGUUAUGCAACCAAUCUCACGUACGAAACUGUACAAAGACUAAAUGAUACAGAUUUCUGAAGCGAUCGAGUCUUGCCGAUCAGUUCUUGGACAUGAAAAAUUUGCUGGGAGGAAGUAAUAGGAAGUGAAACAAAUAAUCGUUUGGCUAGUUUACUUUUUCCUUAACCGGUCUAUGUGAUAAAUCUUACCCAAGAAUCUUUUCAUUUGUAACUAGCGAUUUAAAAUCCAGUGUCACUCAAUAAUCGAUGAAUUUAAUGUUCCAUUUUGUCUUAGAGUAUAGCGAAAGCGAAACCAUUUUGAGCACAUGGCGUCGUUUAGAUCACGUGGUCGUUUUCUGGCGAGUUCUUCGAGCCGCAAAAGUUCUUCACUUAACAUUUCUCCUCGCCUUUCAAAAUUAUUUGUCAUUGUUGAGGUAAAUAAACUAAAUGCUUAUGUGUCUUAUGUUCUAGGCCCUCGACAAGAUUCGAUACAAAAGUUUAACUGAACCAUCGAGUUUGGAGAGCUGUAAGGAGUUGAAGAUCGAGAUUGUUCCGAAUAAAGAUGACAACACCCUGACAAUUCACGAUACUGGAAUCGGUAUGACCAAGGCAGAUCUCGUUAACAACUUGGGAACCAUCGCUAAGAGUGGAACGAAAGCUUUCAUGGAGGCUCUGCAGGUAAGCACAUGACCGCCCCCCCUAGAAAAUCAAAUUUAAAAAACUUUUUUCUUUGUUAAAAAUUUGAUCGCUAUAAUUUGUUCGAUUAUUUCUAAAUUUGAUAUGUUCAGUUUUGUUGGAGUUGCUGACGGAUUUGUGAAAUUAUAUUACAUUUUGGGUUUUGUUUUGUGACAGCAUGGUUAACUUUCAGAUAAUACUUUGUUUUUUUUGAAUUUGACAAUGACAACGUAGUUAAAUCUCCUGUGUAUUAAUUUUUUUUCUUCUCCAUUAGGCUGGUGCUGACAUUUCCAUGAUUGGUCAGUUUGGUGUUGGUUUCUAUUCUGCCUAUCUGGUUGCAGAUAAGGUAGAAGUGUACACCAAACACAAUGAUGAUGAACAAUACAUCUGGGAAUCUUCUGCUGGUGGUUCCUUCACUGUGCGCCGUGUGUCAGAGGAAGUGAUUCCCCGUGGAACCAAAGUGAUUCUUCAUCUCAAGGAUGACCAGAUGGAGUACUUGGAAGAGAAGCGCAUUAAGGAGAUUGUGAAGAAGCACAGUCAGUUUAUUGGAUAUCCCAUUUCUCUGCAGGUAAUAUUUUUCUCGAACAUGCGAGCCUGAAACCUGGGAAAACUGUGAAAAAACAAGAUAAAUUUUGAGAUUUCUCUUUACAGUAAUACUGCUGAAUCAUUCACUAAGAUUGUGAGAAUGAAAGAAAUGGUUCCUAACCUUGGAAGCUUUGAUGGUCAAUAUAUUAGAUUCUUCUUGUCAGUACUAAAGGAAAUAUAUAGGGAAAGAGUGUGGCGAAUGUGGUUGCAGAUGAUAACCAGGGUGUAAGAGUUGACUGGCAAAUGAAGUGUCUGCUGUCAAGUCAAAUUUGAAAUCAAUCUGCAUUGUAAUAAAAAUAAAUAAUUGAAGAGCUUGACUUUUGAGUUACCAGUUUGUGUGGAUGUUAAAUUUGAACUUGAUGGUUGUAUUUUGAAACUAUGAGGAGGAAGCAAUAGUCUCUUGGUUGUUUUAUGAAAGGAAAUUUUGGCAGUAAUGGCAAAUAUAGGUAGGAUUAAAAGACAAGGUUUUAAAAGUCAUCUUGUCAAUCUCAUUUACCCUAGGUGCAAAAAGAGCGUGAGAAGGAGGUCAGUGAUGAUGAAGAUGAGGAGGAGGAUGAAAAGAAAGAGAGUGAAGAUGGUGAAAAGAAGGAAAAUGAGGAAGAUGAUAAGCCCAAGGUAGAAGACUUGGAUGAAGAAGAAGAAGAGAAAAAAGGUGAAAAAAAGAAGAAGAAGAUCAAGGAGAAGUACACUGAGCUUGAGGAACUCAACAAGACCAAGCCAUUGUGGAUGAGGAACACUGAUGAAAUUACACCAGAGGAAUACGCAGAGUUCUACAAAAGUUUGACAAAUGACUGGGAAGAGCAUAUGGCGGUCAAGCAUUUUUCAGUUGAGGGACAAUUGGAAUUCAGGGCCCUUCUGUUUCUUCCGAGGCGGGCACCUUUCGAUUUAUUUGAGAACAGGAAAAAGCGCAACAACAUCAAGCUUUACGUGCGUCGUGUAUUUAUUAUGGACAAUUGUGAGGAUCUUAUCCCAGAGUAUUUGAACUUCAUUAAGGGUGUCGUGGAUUCUGAAGAUUUGCCGCUUAACAUUUCUCGUGAGAUGCUGCAGCAGAACAAGAUCUUGAAGGUGAUCAGGAAAAACAUCGUCAAGAAGUGUUUGGAGCUGUUUGCUGAAGUGACGGAAGACAAGGACAACUACAAGAAAUUCUACGAGCAGUUUGGCAAGAACAUUAAGCUUGGCAUCCAUGAAGACAGCGUUAACCGUUCCAAACUUGCAGACCUUCUUAGGUAUCACUCUUCUGCUGCUGGAGAUGAGAUGACAUCGCUCAAGGAUUACGUCACAAGAAUGAAGGAUAAUCAGAAAGACAUCUACUACAUAACUGGUGAGAGCAAGGAUCAAGUUGCCCACUCGGCUUUUGUGGAGAGGGUCAAGAGCCGUGGAUUCGAGGUGUUGUACAUGACAGAACCAAUUGAUGAGUAUGCCGUGCAGCAGCUGAAGGAAUACGAUGGAAAGAAACUAGUCAGUGUCACCAAGGAAGGCCUUGAGUUACCAGAGGAUGAGGAUGACAAGAAGAAAUGGGAAGAAAAGAAAGCCAAAUUUGAGCCUCUUUGCAAGGUACUGUUUAGUGAUAAACUUUUUGCGAAUUGAAACAAGAGUGUAUGCUAAAAUUGUUUUUAAGAAAAGUGGUUGGUGUUUUCAACUGUGCUUUGUGACCUACCUGUGAGAAAUUGAGAAAAAAAUAGGAACUUUUGUCCCUGUUAAAAUAAUGUUUCUUAAAUUUUUUCUGGCAUUAACUGUUUCCCAGGUUUCACAUCAAACUUGAUUUUAAAACUGUUGGAGGAAUUCUCAAUAUCCUAUACUAUUUGUAUGGUGAUAUAGUGAGGUGCUUUUAAAAAUUGUAGCAUUUCUGAUGUGGCAUUGAGUUGAGGGCCUUGUUGGUUUCACUUACUGAAAAUAAUUUCAGUAAAUCAUUAAAAAAUGUUAUCUUGAAGAGACAUGUGUUAAAAGUUUCAGUGACCCAGCAAAGACAGACUUGAAAUUGUCUGGCCUGUGAUAUACCCAAUGAGAAUGCAAGGGAUGAAUUGUUUUUCUGAGUUGUAUUGGUCUCUUUUUGGUAAUUUUCUAAUCCUAAAUCAAAUGCCAAAUUUAUGGGGAACUAAAUCCAAUAUCAUUCUUGGGAUGUUAAAUAUUGUGUCUUUUUUCAGACUGUGAAGGAGAUCUUGGACAAAAAAGUGGAGAAAGUGGUAGUGUCUGCACGUCUGGUGUCAUCUCCCUGCUGUAUUGUGACAAGUCAGUUCGGCUGGACUGCCAACAUGGAGAGAAUCAUGAAGGCUCAGGCUUUGCGUGAUAACAGCACUCUAGGAUACAUGGCAGCUAAGAAACACUUGGAGUUGAAUCCUGACCACUCCAUUGUUGAGACCCUCAGGCAGAAGGUGGAGACAGACAAAAAUGACAAGUCUGUGAAAGAUCUUGUCAUGCUGCUGUAUGAGACCUCUCUUCUGUCCUCUGGCUUCACGUUGGAUGACCCUCAGGUUCAUGCUGGCCGCAUUUACAGGAUGAUUAGUUUGGGUCUUGGAAUUGAUGAAGAAAUGGAUGGUAUGCAGAGAUAAUGUUUUGCGAGAGUUUUGGAUGUUUUUCUUAGGCCCAGCCAGGGGUUUCCAUAAGGGUUAGUAGAGGCCCAGAACUAAUCAGAAUUGUUUAUUCAUUCCACAGCGGGUGAAGAAGUGGCAGCUGAGGGAACUGGUGAAGAUAUGCCCCCUCUUGAGGGAGAGGAUGGUGAUGAUCCUUCAAAGAUGGAAGAAGUUGAUUGAUCUCUUCUGUUCUGGAAAUUCUUGACAAGAGUUGCUAUCUGUCUUUCAAAAGUUACAUUGUUAUCAUAGCAGAAAUAUUGCUGUUUAAACAAGAGUGAAAUGAUUUCUUACAAGAUUACUGAUCAGGUUUUAGAAUGAAGGCUUCAUCUAAUUUGUUGGCCAUUAAAUAAUUUAAAAUUUUCAUGAGAGUUUGGGUGCAAAAUAUUAUCCACUUUGACAUUGUAGAAGUUUGCUAAGGUAAUAAUUUUGUUCAUUAGUUUUGUUUGUACUGUUUCAUUGUGAGUUUGUUUUGUUUUGUGGUUAAUAGUCGUUCAGUAUUAUAACCUGCUUAACAAGGCUGUUGAGAUUUCAAAAACAAUGGAACACUCCAGUUAGAUUUUCAGACAUGAGAUAGCUGACUCUGGAAGUUAAAAUCUAGUUUAAAGAGAGGACGGGCUCUGAUUACUUAGUCACUGUUAGCCAUGUCUGCUGAGUGAUAGAGAUAACGCAUUUAAACAGUAUCUGGUUGUUCAUUAUUAACUGUUUGCUUAGCCAGUGAAAUGAUCUUCAUUAGACCUUGCAGAAAACAGGCAGUUGGCACCACCGCUGCAGUUUACUUUGCCUGCUAAAGUUUUAUCUACCUAACAUUGUAACUUUAGAGUGGGAUAUGCAUAAUAAAAAGCAAGUUCAUUCAAACUAUC